GAUUAAUUCUUUUCGGUCUUGUAUCCGCCAUGCAAAAUUGUAACGAAGAAGCUACUGACUUCUUAGAAGCCGCAGUGUCUCAUGAUCCUAAAAAUCCCAUCGUAUGGGCCAUACUUGGUUUAUUUUACGAAACAAUAUCCAAUGAUAUCGGUGUAGAUAUGGCUUUGAAUGAAGCUAGACGAUUAGAUAGUGAUGAACAAGAAAGUAUCAACUCUCCAAAAAGUGAAUUAAAUGAUGAUUUAUUAACAAACAAACGUCAGUCGUCAAAUAUUCAAUCAGAAGGUUCACAAAACGAUGAACGAAUUAAUAAAUCAACAAAAGAACCAACAAAUGAUGAAUUAUUCGAAGAAAAUGCAGAUCAUUUUAAAAUAACUUUGAAUGAAUCAGAUAAAGAAAGUAAUCAAUCUAUGAUUGUUGAUGGAAUUAAAAGUGACUUAGAUAGAACAGAUGAAAUGAAAACACGAAAGUCACGUUAUUCUAGAGCUCCAAAAUCAGUUACAAAAAUUCCAACUGAUAUACAAUGUGAAUCAACAAUGGUAACAUCAACGGUUUGUGAGAGACCAUUACGAAUGAGUUUAUUUAUUAGAACAGCUGAAUUUCUUUUGGAUAAAAAUAUGUAUUCGUUUGUGUCGAUAGCUUUAGCUCAUGAAUUAAUUUCACAGAAAAAAGAAUUAGAAUAUCAAACAAUUACUUGUGAUCCUCAAACACUAGCAUCAAAUUCAGCACCUAAUUUACAAUUACCAACUGGUAUACAAACACCUAUACAAGUACAAUCAUCUAGUGAUUAUCAAAAUCCAACAAAUUUCUCAACUGCUGGUUUAUCUACCAUAACUAAUAGAAUUUCUUCAACAAAUAUUUUAUUUCAUCGUGUCUCAGAAUAUCAUUUACUUUGUGCACGUUUAUCCAUGAAUUCAUAUAAACAAGAUUUACCAGAUGCUGAAUUCAAUGCUAGUUUAAUUAUUGAAGCUGAUCCAGAAGCUAUUGAAGCUUGGGCAUGUUUAGGUCAUUUACGUUUUAUAGCUGGUGAUUUAAAUGCUGCACGUUCUUGUUAUGAACGUUGUUUAGCUUUAAUUACAUGGCCACCUAAAGAUCAACAUAUUUUAUUUGUACGAUUAGGUUCAAUUUAUUUACAAGAGUUGAAAUAUAAAGAAGCUAAAGACAUUUACUUACGUGCAUGUAAAAACUCUCCAACUUGUAUAACUUGGCUAGGUGUUGGUAAAGCUUGUUAUAGAUUAGGAGAACUAGAAAAUGCUGAAGAAGCUUUCACUGAAGCCAAUUAUAUUAACAACAGAAAUCCUGAGGUUUGGGCUUAUUUAUCGAUGAUAUGCUUAAAAACAAAUCGACGUACAGAAGCUGAACAAUCCUUUAAAUAUUGUAUAAAAAUGAAAUUGAAUAAUACUGAAUUGUUGAAUGAAAUACAUACACUUCAACUAGAAGUUGGUUGGGGUAAUCCACUUGCUUAUUGGUAAUAUCUUAUCAACAGUGAUUGAUGAUCAUGAAGGAAAUAAAUAAUCGUGUAACUCUUAAAUACACAUUUUCAUAAAUUAUUAUUUAUGGAUAGUUUUAUUUAAAUUCAUUUAAG